UGAACGACACGUAUGAAAGUUUUGAAAAAGCCAAUUCAUAGCCAUUAGUCGGACUUACUUUUUCCGUAAGGGAUAAGUAGCCUAUAAUUAGGGCUAACUCGAGAAGUCAACUGGUGCGUCCAUUAAAGGGACAGCAUCGCGAGGAGAAAAAAAAUAAACAGACGGAUCAUUGUGGCUUUCCUAAACAUUUACGUUACUGAAAAAGAAUUGGAUGGCACAUAGUCUUUACUGUCUACUCAAGAAGAGGAGGAAAGGAUGGGGAAAGGAAUUUGUUCGAGACGACAGAGAAGAAUAUUUCAGUCUUUCCUGCUUCUCAUCUUCGUCUGCGGGACGUUGUGCGCCUUCAUGGUCUCAUAUGAGAUGCAUAAAGAGCUGAAAAAGACUGAAUCGACGGCUUUGAAGUACCAGCAGCAUCAAGAGUCACUUUCUGCGCAGCUGCAAGUGGUAUAUGAGCAUCAUUCUAAACUAGAGAAAUCCCUCCAGAAAGAAAGACUUGAGCAUAAGAAGGCUGAAGAGGAUUUGCUUGUGUUUAAGCGGGAAUCACAGAAGGCCCUCAACAAAGAAAAGCAAGAAUCAACCUAUCGACUGAAUGCUCUGCAGACAGAGCAUCAAAUACUGAAGUCCCAGCAUGAAGACUUGAAGAUGCAAUACUAUGAACUUCAAGAGAAGCACCAGAAUCAAGGGCAGGAUCAUGAACGUGUUCUGGAUGAGCACAGGUUGGAAAUGGACAACCUGCAGAGGGAGAAGGAGGUUGAAAUUUCCAGACUGAAAGAGAAUGUGUACAACCUUCGAGAGGAGAACAGACAGCUGCGGAAAGCUCAUCAGGACAUCUACACACAGUUACUUGACGUGCAGGAACAGCACAAGAACCUGCAAGCUUCAAAAGAUCAUCUCUCACUCACAUUACAAGACCAUAAAAAUGCACUUGUUGCCGCCCAGGUGGAAGGAUAUGAGGAAAAUGGAAAAGGGUUAUCCCCUCAAGGUGUGUUGGAAAUUGAAAAUAACAAUGCGACCAAAGUGGCAAUGAAGCAGCCUCGGCAAAUUGAUAUUUUUGCUGAGGGAAACGGCAAGAAAGAGGAGAGAAGCACAUCAAAGGAUAGAGGAGGAGAGGAUAAGGGGAAAAAGGCAGUGCUGGAACAUUCCUUAUCAAACCCAGAAGAGCUGGGCAUUAACCCUCGCAACACGCUAAGCCAAACCCCAGAGAAACAGACACAGACAGAGCCACUUCACAGAACCAAAGUACACUUUGAGGCUUUGGAUACAGUUAUUGCUGGGAAUGCUGUGCAAUCACACCAUGUUAUGGCUGGACGAGAAGAUGUAAAACAGAUGCAAAAGCACGAAAAGCAGGGCAUGGGAGAAAAAAACCUGAACUCUGUGAAUGAGGCCAACAACCAGAAAGAAGAUGAAUUUGAAGAGGCAGAAGAAGAAACCGAGUACAAGAGCAAUGCGAAUAAGAUCAGGCCUGAAGAGGAUGAGCAGCUUGUGGUGGCAGGCAAUCCCAAGCAGCAAGAGGACCAGCCGGAUGAGCAAUAUGAGGACGAUGUAGAGUAUGAGACUCUUGAUGACUCAGUGCAUGACAGACAGAAGAGAGCAGAAGAGGAAGAGAGUGAAGAAGAUCCCUACAGUGAGCGUAAUGGAGCACAGGGCCAUGAUAAACUGAAUGAAAACCCAGAAGCUGAAAACGAUGCCAGUCAGAUGGAGAGCUUCCAAGAAAAACUGAUAAAAAGAGGAUGAAGAAGAUCUUAGGGAAAGAAAUCAAAAGCCUGAGAUGUGGAGGGGACUGAUUCUAGUGCCUGAUGAGUGGCUUUACACAUCUCUUCUUGCAGAAAACUAAAGUGCAACAACUGUGAUCCCUUGUUUUUUUAAGUGACUACUUAUGCAAGAGCCUUGUACUUCCAAGUACAAGGAUUUGUUUAGCAUUCAUAUUUAAUCAAAGCAUUGUAUCUUUUUGAUCUCACUAAGGCGAUAUGAAAUGGCACCCUGCUGAAUAAAAAUAAGUCAACUUUUGAUUUCUUAUGUCAGAGAGUAGUUGAAUGAU